GACAUAAUCACCGCCUGAAGUAGGAAGUGUAGAGCACUUCUGUGUCAGAGUCCAUCAGGGCUGAGCUGCUUUCAGACGACUCCAUCUUGUUGUGGUUGCUGAAGCUGAUCAUGGUUCUCCUGUGGAUGAUCCUGUUGGUGCUUCUGCUCUGUGCAGAGGCCGAGAACAUGACCCAGGUCAGAGGAGAGCUGGGGACCGAUGUCACUCUAACCUGCUCCAAUCAGACAUCAGACCCAUACUGGUACAUGGAGAUCCACAGUCAGUUCAGAGCAUGUAUCGGCCGCAGUUUUUCCUCAGUAGACUCUACCUACUGCUCUCCUGGUUUUGAAACCAAAUUUUCAAUCCUGGGAAACAAACUUGUGAUUAAAAACUUGACAGCAGAGGACUGCAGGCUUUACUUCUGUGGCAUCAAGAGAGAUGGCAGCACUCAGUUUGUGGAGACUUUCAGCCUCGUCUCAGCUGUGUCUGCAACAUCUGUCACAGUCACCGCCAGUAACCACCCAGACCAGCAAUCUAACAAGAAUGCAUUGCAGAGUGAUCGUGUCGUUUUCAUCUCUCUGAGCCUGAAUGCUGCACUCGUUCUUGUGGUAAUCUGUCUGAGUUGUGUAUCAUUGUCUCUGAAGAGGAGAAUCAGCAAAUAUCAGGCAAACCUCCCUCCAGCUGGGACCAGUGAGAGGCUGGAGGCUCCACAGUACGAGGAGAUCCAGUUCCCCCCUCUGUCUGCUGCUCCUGCUACAGAGUGCAUUUACUACAAACUGAAGGUCAUCUCCCAAGUCGGUAUCCCGAAAGAGAUACUGACCUACCAGGGCACGUCGUUCAUGUCUCACACACUGUGUGAACUGUAUGACUUGUUGGGCAUUAAAUCUAUUCGGACCAGCGUCUACCACCCUCAGACUGACGGGCUGGUGGAGCGACUGAAUAAGACUUUAAAGUCCAUGAUUCAAAAGUUCAUUCACGAGGAUGAACGCAAUUGGGAUCGUUGCUCAAAGUUACUCGCCAAAUGGCAAGGUCCCUUUGUGGUCACACGGCGAGUGGGGGACGUUGACUAUGAGGUCGCACGGUCGGACAGGGGAGGGGCCACGCAGAUUUAUCACCUCAACCACCUGAAAGCAUGGAGGGAGGCUGAGUCUGCUUCUCUGGUGAGCCUGGUUAAGGGGAGAGAUGAGUUGGGGCUGGAGGUACCAAAUUCUAUCAUUCCCGCCUUCCUCCAUUGUGAUGACCAUCUCACACAGGCCCAGAGAGUGGAUGUUGCAGUGUUGCAACAGCACUUUGCGGACGUGUUCUCCCCCCUGCCCGGCCGAACGUCUCUCAUUGAGCAUCAUUUUGAAACACAGCCUGGCGUGACAGUGCGUUCACGGCCCUACAGGCUCCCUGAACACAAAAGGCAAAUUGUUCAGAGGGAAUUGGCUGAAAUGCUGAAGAUGGGAGUAAUAGAAGAGUCACACAGCGCCUGGUGUAGUCCCAUCGUUCUCGUGGUGAAGAAUGAUGGGUCUAUACGGUUCUGUGUCGACUAUUGCAAAGUGAAUGAGGUGUCACUGUUUGAUGCUUAUCCCAUGCCCUGGGUCGACGAGCUCCUGGACCGGUUAGAGUCCAAGGAGAAAACGGCCUUCUCCACUCCAUAUGGUUUGUACCAGUUCAUCACGCUUCCAUUCGGCUUGUUUGGAGCCCCAGCCAUCUUUCAGCGCCUCAUGGACCGGGUGCUGCGUCCACACGCUGCGUAUGCUGCCGCCUACUUGGAUGACGUGAUCAUCCAUAGUGACACCUGGGCGGAGCAUGUAGAGAAAACGGCGGCUCUAGCAUCCUGCCCGCGCCCCAAGACGAAAAAGGCGGUGAGACGAUUCCUGGGGCUGGUGGGUUACUACCGCCGUUUCGCGCCGGGGUUUGCGGAGCUGACCAGCCCCUUGACUGAUCUCACCCGCAAGGGUGCUCUGGAUCUGGUCCAGUGGAUGGGGCCGUGCCAGGCAGUGUUUGUGCAGACUGACGCCUCGAACAGAGGGCUGGGGGCCGUUUUGUCCCAGCAGGUACGGGGGGUUGACCGGCCCAUGCUCUACAUUAGCUGGAAGCUGUCCAAGCGGUACAGCACUGUGGAGGAGUCCUUGGCUAUAUGUUCAACGUACCCAGCCUUCUUAGAGUCACUGGGUGGAGUGCUGGAGAGUGCUUCAUCUACGGACUCUAUUGCUCUGCUGGGGGACUUCAACUCUCACAUGGGCAUUGAUGGUUAUACCUUGAGGGUUGUGAAUGAAAGGAACGACCUGUCUGAUCUGUACCCCUAUUGGUGUUCUGUUAUUGAACUUCUGUUCUAA